UCGGGUGCAGGUGAGGAGGCUGCGCUCUCUCCGGCCAAGCUGAGCAACAACGACGGCUCCAAACUUCUGUCCUCGUCUCCCUCGGUCAGCCCGUCCAGAGGCUGGAUCCCCUCGCCAAGCCACGACCCCCAGUGGUACCCCAGCGACUCCUCCGACUCCACGCUGGGCUGCCUCCUCUCCAGCAUGGUCUCCCCUGAUAAGAGCAGGCGGACCACCCUCACCCCCUCUGGCCCCUCCAGUGGCACGGCUCUGCUCGGUCCUAGCCUUCUGGACUGCAACUCCCAUGAUUCCUUUCAGUCCCGUGGCCUUCCUGAUGUGGCAGAAAUGGACUCUCAGCUUGCCUGUAUGAUGAGUGAGAGCAGCGUCGACUACAUCGCCCGCUUCAACGACCUGGCUCAGGAGCUGGCUGUGACGGAGCCCUCCCUCCCCCCGCCCUGAGGAGGAGACGACCCGGCUGAUUGACCCGAGGAGAGGUCUGCCCCACGCUGUGCCUCCUUCCCCCAGAGAGAGGAGGACUGUGGAGGAACUCAAAGCCCCCCUAAAGCCAUCCCUGCCCCGUUUGUUAAAGUGCAAUAAUAAUGUUGAACCUUGAUAAUCGUUCAAGGAGAGUUUGAAACAAGUUUGUUUCUGUGAACUGUUUCUCCAAGGUGAGACGCCCUUUAAAAGACUUCAAAACACUUUAGAAAAAUAACUGCGUUUACAAAACACAACCUCAUGUUAAGGAAAUACUAUGCCAUAUCUGAACAAAAUGUUUUCACUGAUCUCGUAUGUCCUGCUCUCUGUGUGUGUGUGUGUGUGUGUGUGUGUGUGUGUGU